ACAGGACUCACCCACCGUCCAGCAAUCUCGGGAUCUCAAGAAGCAAUUGCCCCGGGCAAUGUGCUGAUCGUAGACGUAGGUGCAACUCAACUUCUUGCUAUCCAGCGGACCAGUUCUGCUCGAGUCGCUGGUCUUUUGCGGAUCCGAGCCGGACCAAAGUGGAUCCCAGAUAGGACAAACCAACGGCAAACCAUUGGUUUUGAAAACUAAAAAAAAAAGGUGUCGUUCAGACGGUGUUUUGUAUGUUUGUAGACAAGCACAGCCCGUGCAAGAAAAAAAAAAUUGCUGGCGGCAAGCAAUUCGACUAAGAGAAGCUUCCCGCAGUGCAAAGGCGCAAUGCGGGACACACUGCAGGGUGCUUCGUGUACAGGUCUCAUCGCCAAUCUUCUCUUUCGAGCAGAUGGAGUGACAACCAACGAUGACAACUGUUUCUUGAAAAAUGAAAACUUUUGGCUGCCGUUGCACCUCGAAUUCGGCGUCUCGAAUCCCCUUUCGCGAACGGGAGAGCCUACUCUCUCCUUUGCAGACACCCAAAACGCUGAUCCAGAAGAUUGUCACCAAUUGGUAGUGCCAGAGGGAAGGGAGGGAUGACCCGUCUUGAUCUUUCCACUCUGUUUCUCGUCGGGGCCUAACGGGGAUUGGCGACAAUAGUACUGAGCAUUUUUCUGAGUACGGUAGUAUGUAUAGAAGGAUAAUGCUACGCCUACAUCGUAGAUUUUAUCAUUUGAAAACACCUUUCAGUUCUGCACUAUUCCUCAUUUUGCGGAGUCGGUCUCAAGUCAAGUUCUAUCACCUCACCAGCCAAGUUAUCCAUGGAGUCGAGCAGCUACCUCGAAGUUGCGUCGCCGGUGCCUGUCAUGGGAAGUGGACUCAACGUCCGUCGUCGCAAGAUUGAGAUUGAAGUGGAGGAAGGUGCAGCACGGGGUCCUACCUGGCAAUUUCCCCGUUCCGGCACCUCUCAGCACGUACACGUGCCGGAAUCCGAACUCGCCGAGAUCCAACACCAAUUGGACCAACCACGCAAACUGUUGUCUGAAUGGCCUGCCACCGCUAUCAGUGGCAACGACAUUCUGGGCAGUGUGCUGUAUGCAGCUGCGUCGGUGGUUGCCAGGGCCGGCAAACUCAUGCCCGUCUCGCUGCUCAUGGUGGCGAUCGUGCUCUACUUUUUCCGGUUUAUCUACGAAGAGGUGGUCACCGCUAUCCCCAUGAACGGAGGUACCUACAACGCCCUAUUGAACACCACGUCGAAGCGUGCAGCGGCCGUGGCUGCCUGUCUGAGUAUCUUGUCGUACGUGGCCACGGGUGUGGUCUCAGCUACGUCAGGCGUUCACUACCUAGACACGCAAGUGGAUAUCCCCAUUGUGGCCUGCACCAUCGCGCUCUUGUUCGCGUUCGCACUGCUGGCUCUUGUGGGCAUCGCUGAAAACUCCCGUGUCGCCCUUGUCAUCUUUCUGCACCACAUCGUGGUACUGAGCAUUCUGGUGGUGUCCUGUGCGGUGCACGGUAUCAAAAACCCGGACAUUUUCCGUGAUAACAUGAACGCCGACUUCCCCGAGGUGGACUUUGCCGGAACGAUGUUGGACGGCAAUGCGUUCACUGCCGUGUUCUUCGGUUUCGGUGCUGCCAUGCUGGGUAUCACCGGCUUUGAGUCAUCGUCCAACUACGUCGAGGAACAAGCCCCCGGUGUGUUCCGCAAGACGCUGCGCAACAUGUGGGCGUUGGCCUCAUUCUUCAACGUUUGCCUUGGAGUCGGCAUCCUUGCGGUUCUUCCGCUUGGCGGUGACGGUGGUAUCUACGCAAGUAAAGACGCAUUGCUGUCGAAGGCCGCUGAGGUGGCUCUCGGAAGCUGGUUCAGUACCUGGGUCAGCGUGGACGCAUUCAUCGUGCUCUCGGGUUCCGUUCUGACCUCUUACGUUGGUAUCUGUGGAUUGGUGCGUCGACUUGCAACGGACCGGGUGUUGCCGAGUUUCCUGGCCAAGACCAACCAGUUGCGCGGCACGAACCACUACAUCAUUGCCGCAUUCUUCCUGUUGUCGGCGAGUCUCGUGCUGAUUCUCAACGCUGACUCCACGAUCAUGAACGGUGUGUACACAUACGCAUUCCUGGGUUUGAUGGCGCUCUUUGCGAGUGCUGCUAUGCUACUCAAGGCGAAGCGACCUGAGAUCCCACGCGAUGUCAUUGCGCCGUGGUCUACACUGGUGCUGGGAUUGAUUAUGGUGGUGGUGGCGAUUUUCGCCAACCUGCUCGGAGAUCCGUCGGUGUUGAUGUACUUUGCAUUGUACUUCAUCGUCGUGGCUCUUGUCAUGUUCAUCAUGUUCGAGCGCGUCACGAUUCUGCGCUGUCUGUUGGCACUCAUGAAGAAGACGGCGCCGUCACAGUACGCGAAGGAAACUGCUGUCAACUAUUUCCGCACGCGUGACACCCCAGAGGUGGAGCACACGGGAGCUCGCGGAGGUCGCACGAUCGCUCGAGCCAUCACGAGUAUCCGCAGUGCUCCCAUCAUCUUCUUCUGCAAGCGCCCAGACUUGACAAUCAUUAACAAGGUGAUCGUGUACGUGCGUCGCAAUGAGCAGACGCACACACUCCGUAUCGUGCACGUGUUCUCGGACGAAGAGAGCGACGCCCCCAUGCUGGAAUCGUUCCGCAACUUGGCGAUGCUGUUCGACAGCAUGUACCCGAAGAUCCGCAUCGACUUCGUAUCGGUUCAAGGUGAUUUCAACCCCGCGACGAUCGAGUGGCUGUCGAAGAAGAUGGAUGUGCCGCGCAACAUGAUGUUCAUCACGCAGCCCGAUAUGGUGUCGGCUGAGCGCGUGUCAUCCGUUGGAGUCCGCGUCAUUACAGCAUGAUAACGUGCUUGCUUGACUAUGUCAGGUUCUUUUGCAUGGUUUCCCACCUUCUAAAGUCUGAAAUGAAUAUCUACAUUUUUUUUUAAAACAA